AAGAAAUUAGGUGCACCAAAAAAAAGUAGCAAGUGUGUACUCGUAAAGAUUGUAAAUAAGAUUUUCUUCUUCAUUUUUUUAGCUUUUGGGGAAAAACAUGUGUUCUGUUGCAGAGGACAUUGAAGAAUUGCCUUAUAGCUGCUCAGAUGAAUCCAAACGAUUUGUGAAAGAAUCUUUGCAGAAAUGUAAAAAGUGUAAAGAAAAGUCUGUUAUACUCUUGCAGAAGAAAGAUCCGUUCUGCAAGAGGUGUUUUUUUGAAUACUGUAAUCAUAAGUUUCGUUCUACAAUUGGGAAAGCCAAAAUGAUAAAGCAUGAAGACAGAGUUCUAAUAGCUUUUUCAGGUGGGCGGAAAUCAACUGCUCUCUUGAACUUGACUCAUCAGACUCUAGAAUCUGCAUCCUUGAAACAAAUUAGGUUUAUCCCAGGCAUUUUAUUCAUUGAUGAUUCAAUGGUUUUUUCAUCUGGAGAUCGAGAAGCUGAGAAAAAAGAAGUAUAUGCUGUAUUGGAAACAUUAAAAUCAUGUGACUACCCUGUCAUUUAUUCUUCUCUUGAUAUGGUGUAUCGAUUAAAUGAAAAUGAAGAUUUUUAUUGGCCUCUUGAAAAAUUUUCUGAAGAGGACUGUUUUUGCUUCAGAUCGAGAAAAUGGAUGGAAGAAUGUUUUACUAAUGUACCACUGUCCUCAAAAAUAGAUUUAAUUAAGCAUUUAAGGUUAUUGCUAAUGACAGAAAUAGCUAGUCGUAGUGGCUACAGUUCUUUAUUUACUGGAGAUUCUGCGUCUAGUCUUGCUGUUGAAUUGUUAUCUGAUAUUGCUUUAGGUCGAGGUUCUCAGAUUUGUUUGGACACAAGUUUUUAUGAUUCCCGACAUGAUGUUCCCAUUUAUAGGCCACUUAGGGAGUUUCUAAACAAAGAAAUUGCUUUGUACAAUCAUUUUAAUGGUUACUCAUAUGAAGUUUCACGUGGUUUUCUUUCACAGUCAAAUCCGAGAUCCAGCCUGCAGCAACAUACAGAAACAUUUAUUUCAAAUCUACAAGAGAACUAUCCUGCCACUGUCUUCACUAUUUUCAGAACUGGAAGUAAAUUAUCAAAAAAUUCAGUUAAAAUAUGUAAUGAAGCUUGUUUGGUAUGCAGAUCAAAACUGGACAACUUUAAUCCUGAUAUUUGCUCUGCUAUUGAAGCAUUGAAAGUUUCUGAAAGAUUAUCUACAAAUCAGAAAGUUUCAGACUCAGAAUUAAAAAAUGGGGAAUUAACUAAUUUGCUUUGUCACGGGUGUUCUGUUUCUCUUAGACAUAUAGCUGCAGAGCCUUCAAUUUUGUCCAUAUUGCCUGAAAUUGGUUGUGUGAAAAUGGAAAGGCAGCAAAUGAAAGAGGAGAUAGAAUGUUUCUUAUUGAAAGAUGAAGAUAACUGCUCCUGAUACUGUAUUUCUUAUAUAUUGUAAUAUAUAAAAUAAAUUUUAUGUUUAUUUUUU